AUGGGCAAUGUUGAGAAAGGCAAGAAGAUUUUUGUUCAGAAGUGUGCCCAGUGCCAUACUGUGGAAAAGGGAGGCAAGCAUAAGACUGCGCCAAAUCUCCAUGGUCUGUUCAGGAGGAAGACAGGUCAGGCUGCUGGAUUCUUGUACACAGAUGCCAACAAGAACAAAGGCAUCACCUGGGGAGAGGAUACCCUGAUGGAGUAUUUGGAGAAUCCCAAAAAGUACAUUCAUGGAACAAAAAUGAUCUUCGCUGGAAUUAAGAAGGGAGAGAGGGAAGACCUAAUAGCUUAUCUUAUAAAGGCUACUAACGAGUAA